AUGACUGCGUUCGACAUCACCCCUCUGCAAAUUCCUAUUGGAGGACCGCUACCUGAUCAUGCACCUACUAAAUUACCAUAUCCACUUAUGGGUGUUGGACUUGGCGUUGGUCCCAUGGGUGUUGGCGUAGGUGUGGCUCCAGGCGUGGGCGUGCCCCUGCCAGGCGAGACCAAUGUUGGAAUGUUCAUCGAAGAGCAUAAGCGGCGUGCAGACAGCGAUCCGAACGCACCGCCCUUUGAUGACUUGCGUAAUUACGCGUACGAAGGAGGCGGCAGCACUGCUGGCUCACUAUCGUCCCUCGCUUCUGGUACCGACGAUGAGACGCACGAAUAUGACUACCUAGGCGCGUGGGGACCUCGCUUCGACAAGCUUGCAGACCUCUACGGACCCGACCUCGACGAACAACUGUAG